AUGACGACAUCGUUGGUCAUAUUCCACCAUCAGGCGUUUAAUACAUGUGACACUGUUAAGGGUUUGCUGCAAGAGGUUGUUUUGGUACAUUCUUCUCUUCUUCUUACCUCUUUUCCUCUUCCUCUUCACCCUACCAAUGCUCACCUUUUUUCCUUAACCUCAGGACACUUCACCCAGGUGGUGUGGGAAUCCAGCCGCGAACUCGGUGUUGGUAUCAGCAAAGAAGACGACCUCAGGAGUGCCUAUAUCGUCUGUUUCUACUUCCCGCCAGGCAACAUACGCGGAGAGUACACAAAACAGGUUCCACCGCCCAGAGUCAACAACCUCUAA